AUGGUGUUUUUUCUGGUGGUGGUUUAUGGAUUACAUUUUAUCCAUGAUAGAGUACAAUUAUGGGAAGAUUUGAAGCAAAAGGUAGUCAAUACACAAGAACCCAUGAUCUGUAUGGGUGAUUUCAAUGCAGUGCUAACGGGUGCUGAUAGAAUCAAUGGCAAUCCAGUUCAGGAGAUGGAAAUUAAAGACUUUAAUGAGUUUAUGAUUGAUGCUGGUAUGACAGAAUUGAAGGCAAUAGGAAGAGAGUAUACCUGGUCAAAUGGAUGCAUAUGCAGUAAGAUUGAUAGAGCAAUAGUGAAUGCAGAAUGGAUGUUGAAUAUAAACCAAGUAGAGAUUAAUGUUAUGCAACCAGGAACAUCUGAUCAUUCUCCAUUGUGUCUGGAGUUGGAUAGUAAUAUGAGAGGUAAUCAUAAGGCUUUUAAAAUUUUCAAUUGUAUUGCUGCUCAUCCAGAUUUGUUACCAAAGGUGAAGGAAGCAUGGAGUGGUGGAUAUAUAAGGGAUCUAAAAGAAGUAUGGUUUAAACUCAAGAAAGUGAAAGCAAAUCUUAAACAACUUAACAACAUAGAAUUUAUAGGAGUGAGGAAUAUUGUAAAGGACAUUAGGGGAAAAUUGCAACAUAUACAAGAGAUAAUGAGGGAUCCAUCUGCAGUAGCUCAAUAUAGACAACAUGAAAAGGAACUACAAAUCCAAUUAGAGAAAUAG